AUGUUUCGCAUACGUCCGUCGAUACCACGCCUGGGUCCACGUUCCCUGGAAAGCAGUAGAGCAUGGAUCUCGAGCUCGGCGUCGGUGUCAGCUGGCUCAAAGGCCGGCAUGAUGUCUCAUUGGACUCCAGAGAAGCUGGCGACGACUGAGAAGUACCCGCUCACGCUGGAGUUGUUCGACAAGAUGCAUCCAAACACCGAAGAGCCUGCCAAAAAGAUGCAACAGAGCCAAUCUCGGGCGAAGAAGAAAUCCAUAACGACCCGCCAUGCGAGAACACAGAUUGUAAGUCCAGACCUAUGUGAUGACGUCUUCGCGUAUUACGGCAAGAGCCUGGAGAUACACAGAGGGUGCGACAUCCUCGACAUCAACCCUGGCGCCGGCCUGUGGUCGCAGAAGCUGCACGCCUUCCUCCAACCGCGCAGCCAUGUCCUUCUAGAGCCGAACCCCGACCGAUUCCGUUCGUUCCUCGACCCCCUGCUCAACGCGCCCGGCUCCAAGUACAAGCUCGUGCAAAAGGACACCACCGAGCUGCAGUCGUACACGCAGCUCGUAGACGAAGGCGUGUUUCCGCACCAAACCCGCAUCGACCCCGACGACGGCAGCAGGCAGGAAGUGAACACCACCCUGCUGGUCACCGGAAUGCUGGCGUGGGACCCAACGCUGCCCGGCAUGGCAUUCGACUCCAUGGCGAAGCAGCUGUACAAUUUCUUCGCUUCCGCCGUCCGGACCAACGAACUGUUCCACGCCUAUGGUCGCGUGCGGACGCUUCUGUGGAUGGCAGCGGACGACUUCAGGCCGCUGUUGGCCGAGUCCUCGGCUCAGUUUGCAAAGGGCAACUGUUUGUUGGAGAUGACCCACGACACGCAGCAAGUCGUGAAUGGACCGCGCUCGAAACGAGGAAUGGGCAAGGGCACUUCUGGUCGCGAGCCGCAAUACGAGAUCGAGAGCAUGAUCGGAGCACUCCGGAGGGGAAGAGAGAAUGGCAUGCCCCUGCCCACACAUCGCCAAGACACCAUCCACCAGAUCGCUGCUGAGAUUGAAGAAUUAACAGCCGGCACCGGCCGGACCAGGUACACAUGGCUCCAUGACUACCUUGUCGCGAAGCACCACGAAGGGAACAGCGCAAUCGGGAUGCUGCCCGACUCCUUCUUUACUCACGCGGAUGAAGCCAAAGCUGUGCAGGCAAAGUACCCAGAUCUGGACCUGGAAGCUAUGGGCAAUGCAAGGGUGAGCGGCGUACGACGUGUCGGUAGUUUUUGGGCGGAUAAGAAAGACCACCCCGGCCGUGAAGAAGUUCAGAGCUAUGUCGUCACCAAGGCGGCCGACCGCGCCCUGGUCACUAAGAAAGAGAGCAUAGAAGCCAUCGCGGACAUAGGCGAGGAGAUGUACCACGCCGAAUGCCGCGCGCUCCGCAUGUCUCCAGGUCCCGAAAAAGACGCUCUCCUCAAAGAGAUUGCAGACCUCGAGACCAAGUGGAACAAGCCACUGGCCAAGAUAGGCGUCAACUACAGAACCACGCCCCACUCUGUCCUCGACGACCGCCUGAGCUUGCGCUCCCCGCCCUACCCACGUCUGCAGUGGGACCGCCGCCCCUUCGAACCCCUCACCAUGCACCCAGACGAAGCCUGGCCCCCGACCCGCCUGUCCCUCAUCUCCAGCACCCCCUUCCCGCGCCCCGCCGGCCAGACUGCAGACUGGUACGAGUGGGUGCAGGACUUCCUCUACGGCCUCUUCUCAAUGGGCUCGCAGUCGCUGCCAGAGGCCCUUGACAAGAUGCAGCACGGCGCCUCGCAGAUCAUCGACUCGUGUCCCAGCCUGCGCGACCCGGAUAAAGGCGGCAGACUGAACAUGCGCCAUCUCAGGGUCCGCAUGCUGACUGCCGAGAUGAUCGAGCAGCUUGUCCUGGCCUAUCGCGAUUGGCCCUUCAAAGAGCCUGGGAGCGACCAUAAUAGGUAUUUCCGGUGGAAGGGCAUGAACAAGGGUGGUGAUAAAUUCGGGGGCAUGUAG